AAAACGGCCUCAACUAAAAUUAAUAAUUUCCGGAAAUUCCAAAUCUACCCAUUUUUGGGUUCCCGCAUAUCCCCUACCCUCCGGCGGCGGGGCGGCGCCGAUUUAUCUCGUCGAAACACUUCGCCUACUUCCUCGCCUUCCUCCAAUUUCCGGCAAAAAGCCUGCAUUCAUUUCUUGCUGUGAGAAAAGCAAAGAAAAUUGAAUAUUGCGGUUACCAUGGCGACUGCUCAAUUCUUAUCGUCACAGAGUGUUUACUCUUCAGCUUCAAUGCUAUGCCCGUCUUCGUUUACUGGAAAAGUGAUUUCAGUGAGGGUUUCCAUAUGUUGUUACUCAACGGCGUUUUCUGAAAUGAAGCCUCCGGGGAGGAACGAAAUCCGACUCGGCUUGCCGAGUAAAGGUCGCAUGGCGACCGAUGCUCUAGAUCUUCUUAAGGAUUGUCAGUUGUCUGUGAAGCAAGUGAAUCCACGACAGUAUGUUGCGGAAAUUCCUCAGCUCCCAAAUUUAGAAGUCUGGUUUCAGCGGCCGAAAGAUGUUGUACGGAAACUGGUGUCUGGAGAUUUGGACCUUGGCAUUGUUGGGCUUGACACCGUGCAUGAAUAUGGGCAGGGGAAUGAGGAUCUUGUUAUUGUUCAUGAGGCACUGGGGUUUGGAGAUUGUCGUUUGUCUCUUGCUAUACCUAAGUAUGGGAUUUUUGAGAAUGUUAACUCAAUAGAAGAUCUUGCACAAAUGCCGCAGUGGACACUUGAGAGACCUUUGAGAGUUGCAACUGGUUUCACCUAUAUGGGCGAUAAAUUUAUGAAAGAGAAGGGAUUAAAGUAUGUGACUUUUUCAACAGCCGAUGGAGCCUUGGAAGCAGCUCCUGCAAUGGGGAUAGCUGAUUCCAUUGUAGAUCUUGUAAGUAGUGGAACUACUUUGAAAGAGAACAACCUAAAAGAAAUUGAAGGGGGGAUUAUUUUGGAAAGUCAGGCUGUCCUUGUUGCUAGUAGGAAGUCACUGGUCAAGAGAAAAGGUGUGCUUGACGUAACCCAUGAAAUGCUCGAAAGAUUGGAGGCUCACCUGAGGGCCGUGGGUCAAUUCACGGUAACGGCCAAUAUGAGGGGAAGCAGUGCUGAGGAAGUGGCUACCCGAGUACUGAGCCAACCAUCAUUGUCAGGGUUGCAGGGACCUACUGUAAGUACAGUUUAUUGCAAUCGCAAUGGAAGGGUAACUCCUGAUUAUUAUGCUGUGGUCAUAUGCGUGCCAAAGAAAGAACUGUACAAGUCCGUGCAACAGUUGAGGGCGAUUGGUGGUAGUGGUGUUUUAAUUUCUCCUCUGACCUAUAUCUUUGAUGAGGAAACACCGAGAUGGCGCGAGCUUCUCUCGAAACUAGGGCUCUAGUGUGAAUUAUGUUGGGACAGGAGAACUCUGAACCAAUCCAAUCUAUUUUUGUGGGUUGUUCAUAUUAGUCAUUUCACUUUCAAUCCAUAUGAUCAGGAACAAAGGAGUCAUUUAGUCAGGAUUACAAUUGCAUGCAGCUCCUGUAGAGUGCAAAUGUUAUCUUCCGUUGGGAUAGAUGGGAAGUAAAGUCGGGGGGAUUAACCUGUACAUUUUGAAAUAAUGGAUUAAAUUAAAAUUAUUGAGAAAUGAAAUUAAACUUAAGGACCACCACUUGGGCAAUUCACCUAUACAGCAU